AUGGCCGCCGAGCGCCUGGAGCCCCGGAGUCCGAGCUCAGCGGCCCGGGACCCGCGCGCCCCGGAGCCGCCAGACCUGGUCCUGGUGCCUGAUGACCGCAGCCCGGCCACGCCCCCGACUGACCUCAUUGAGAUCCAGGUGGUGAAGGUGACAGACACCACCCUGGUACCCGAGCCCCCGGAGCCAGGUUCUCUUCACUGUGCCUUGUGCCCAGCUGCCUUCCGGCUGGUCUCCGAGCUGCUGUUCCACGAACAUGGCCACCUGGCGGGCGCCCAGGGCAGCGGGCAGGGCGCGGACCCAAGCCGGUGCCAUGUGUGUGGCCACAGCUGCCCGGGCCCCGCCAGCCUCCGCGCCCACUACAGCCUGCACACCGGAGAGCGCCCUUACCGCUGCCCCCUCUGCCCCCGGGCCUUCAAGGCUCUGGCGCCCCUGCUGCGGCACCAGCACCGGCACGGGGUGGCACCGGGGACCCCUCCAAGGGCCCCGGACGUGGCAGCCGAGGCGGCUCGGGAACAGCGGCCCGAGGUGGUGAUGGCGGCGGCGGCGGCCGGCGCGGCCGUGGGCAAGCCCUUCGCCUGCAGGUUCUGUGCCAAGCCGUUCCGCCGCUCCUCCGACAUGCGCGACCACGAGCGCGUGCACACGGGCGAGCGGCCCUACCACUGCGCGGUGUGCGGCAAGGGCUUCACGCAGUCCUCGGUGCUGAGCGGCCACGCGCGCAUCCACACCGGCGAGCGCCCCUUCCGCUGCGCGCUCUGCGACCGCACUUUCAACAACUCCUCCAACUUCCGCAAGCACCAGCGCACGCACUUCCACGGCCCGGGGCCGGGGCUCAGACCCUCCGGGAGCCCGCUGGCGGCGGGGGCCGAGGGACCGGGGAGCGGGGGCGCGGCGGGAAACACGCUAGAAGAGGGGCGCGGGCGGACGGCAACCGUGAAGGCGGAGGUCGACCAGUAG